AUGCAUCCCGCACGGCGCGCUUAUGUGGAGGAAGCGCAGGAGGAUACGGACAUGGGAGUAGACCUUGCGAAUAUUCCCGUGGACCAUGACUACGAGUUACCCUCAGCUACAGCAGGAAUAGCUCCUGAGAAAGCUUCCGCUAUAUUAUCUCAGUUCGAGCGAAAACGACGAGCUGCCGCUAUUGCCGUACCUACAGACGAUGGACGGGUAAAGGCCCGGUUGCGGGAAUUGGGCCACCCAAUUACCCUCUUUGGUGAAGACUCCACGGACAGACGUGACAGACUGCGAGAAAUACUAGCAGACUUGGAAGAACAACAGGCUGCGGCAGGUGAGGCUGGUGCACAAGAUGUUGGUAUGGGAGGCAUGGAAGCAGAGGAGGAGGAUCAAGACCAAGAAGAAGAAUUCUAUACCGAAGGCUCACAGGCGCUGCUCCAGGCGCGAAGAGAUAUUGCAAGAUACUCCAUACCCAGGGCUAAGGCGAGAAUAGAACGACAAAAGGCUGAAUCGACCAUACCUCUCCGAACGCAUGUUAAACACAGAAAAGCAAUAAGGGAGAAGCUUGCCAAUUUUGAGUUGUACGGUUCGCAGAUUGCGGGAGACAGACCCGUGAGCAUCACCAGGUUCUCCCCAAAUGGAGAUAUAUUGGCAGCAGGUAAUUGGAGCGGAGGUGUCAAACUACUUACGGUGCCAAAUUUGGAAGAAAAGGCCACCCUACGAGGCCAUACGGAUCGAAUUGGCGGUAUAUCAUGGUUCCCAGGGGCCACCCUGCCUGAAUCGAAUGUAUCCGAAUCGUCUUUGAACCUUGCCACAGGAGGUGCUGAAGGGAAUAUCAGGCUUUGGUCUCUUGAUAAAGAUACAUCUAUUGGAACACUUUCUGGACACUCUGACCGAGUAUGCCGUGUUGAAUUUCACCCGUCAGGGCAAUAUCUUGCCUCUGCUUCUUUUGAUACCACCUGGCGACUGUGGGAUGUACAAACGAACCAGGAGCUUCUCCUACAAGAAGGCCAUUCACGUGGAGUUUAUGCAUUAGGAUUCAACACGGAUGGCUCACUUCUAGCUAGCGGCGGUCUUGAUAGUAUCGGACGUAUUUGGGACCUACGUACCGGUCGAACCGUUAUGAUUCUAGAGGGCCAUAUCCGUGAAAUAUAUGCGUUGGAUUGGGGAAUAGAUGGACACCGUAUCCUGUCGGGGUCAGCGGAUGGUUGGGUCAAGUGCUGGGAUCUCCGGCAAGUUCGUGGUAGUGGAGGAGUAGGCGCACAUAAGAGCGUCGUGUCUGAUCUAAGAUGGUACAAGGGGAGUGACUCGGCUUCUCUCCUUCCAACUACCUUAGCACAGGACCAGAAUGGAGACGCGAUGGAUAUAACGCCUACUUCAACGAAGGAUCAACCCGAACAGCCUCCUCAGCCCAAGAAAUCAGGGACAUUCUUUGUUUCCAGUGGCUUUGACAAGAAUGUCAACAUUUUCAGUGCGGAUGAUUGGUCGCUGGUGAAAUCACUGCAGGGCCAUUCUGGAAAUGUCCUAAGCGUUGAUAUAAGUACCGAUGCAAAGUGGAUAGCAAGUUGCGGACACGAUCGAACUGUCAAGCUAUGGGGCAUCGAAUAA